CCGUUGGGAAGCGGGCAGAGGCCGAGCAGAGCCGCCCGGCUCUGCAAAGUGGCGAUCCGGGUUACCCUCGAUCACCCCUCUGAGCAGGCAGGCCGCCCAAGCGCAGGCAGUGGCCCGGCUUCCCGUAGGGGGCGGGCCGGACGGGCGGGGCGCGCGUUCUUCCUGGUUGCUGGCGCGCGUGGGUUCCGCUGCAGCGGUCCCCUGCGCACGGACCUGCUUACCGGUUUGUGCAACGCGGUCGGGGUGCAGCUGAGGUGCGCCCGAGUCUUUCCAGCUUCAGUUUCUGGGGAAAGAAGAGUCCAGGCUGCGCGGGGCUGCGAGGGGGUGCCACGGGCAGUGGCGUAGGGCGCGAUCCUUGCGGAGUUCGGGCUUCACGGAGCGCUCCGGAAGGAGAAAAAUGGGGUCAGAAGUGGCUCCUGCAGUGGGGUCACAGGAACGUUUGCUUUCGGUGACUUCUCUUUUCAAAGAGACUGUUCGUGUUUCUCGCUAGCCACCUGCUGGCUGCUUUUAGUUUGAGGCGCAGCUGACUGGGAAGUCUCUCAUUGUCCACUGUCCUUUCCCAGGAAGUCACUUGCCCCCCUCCCCCAGAGUCCACCGCCCUGAGCUUUGGGGGCCUCCUCAGGAGCUGAGAGAAUGGGGCUCUUCAGGCAGCUGUCAGUGGGCUCCAAGGCCGCCCUGGCUGCAGCCACAGUCUUCGUGUCCAUGAUCCUCUCCCGCUCCUUUCUGGCCGAGACCCUUGAGCUCCAGGCCUGGCGCUGGCUGUUCCGCCUGCAGCUGGUCCUGUUCGUGAACUCAGUCAUGCUCAUUGGUUCGUCGUACAUCUGGCGGAGCACCGUGAGCGACCUCAGCCGUUCCCCCGCGGUGGAAUCUCCCUGUUUCCAGCUUUGGAAGCUGGUCGUCGUGGCGUUUCUGGCCCUGGCGCAUUCCAGCUUCUUCACCAUGCUCUUCUUGGUGACUGAGGAGCCCUACGUGUUUUCCUUAGCCGCCUACUCCUGCCUGGGUGCCUACAUCAUCAUGGUUUUCUUCCUUUGUAUCUUGAAUGCCAUGGAGCAAGCCUACCAGUUCUUAGCCUGGCGCAGUGGUAGGGCGGUGGGCAGCCUGGACAAGACAGGGCACCUGGUGCUCAGGCCUGCGCUGGCGGUGGCCGUGACGGCUGUGCUCAGUACCAUUGGCCUUCUGAAUGCGGCCCAGCCCCCAGUGGUGAAAACCGUGGAGGUGCCCAUCCGUCAGCUGCCCGCCUCGAUGAACAACCUCAAGAUCGUGCUCCUUUCCGACAUUCACUUGGGGCCCACGGUGGGCAGGACCAAGAUGGAGAUGUUUGUGAGGAUGGUGAACAGGCUAGAACCAGACAUCACGGUGAUCGUGGGCGACCUCUCCGACUCAGAGGCCUCUGUCCUGCGGACCGCAGUCGCCCCCCUGGGCCAGCUCCAGUCCCGUCUUGGUACCUACUUCGUCACAGGGAAUCACGAGUACUAUACGUCAGAUGUCAGCAACUGGUUCGCGCUGCUGGAAUCCUUGCAGGUCCGGCCCCUACAUAAUGAGAAUGUGAAGAUUUCUGCCCCCAGGGACCCGGACGGUGCGGGGAGAGAUAAAGAGUGGGUCUGCUUGGCCGGCGUGGAUGACAUAGAAGCGGACAUUCUUCACUACUCCGGGCAUGGCAUGGACCUCGACAAGGCUCUGGAGGGCUGCGGCCCGGAUGAUGCCACCAUUUUACUGGCUCAUCAGCCUCUGGCCGCCAAGAGAGCCCUCCAGGCUCGGCCAGAUAUAAACUUGAUCCUUUCUGGUCACACUCAUGCAGGGCAGAUCUUCCCCUGGAAUGUCGGGGCCUAUCUCCUGAACCCUUUCUUUGCUGGACUCUACCAAGUAGGGAAGGCUACAUUUGUGUACGUGAGCCCGGGCACAGCCUACUAUGGGAUACCCAUGAGGUUGGGGAGCAGGGCAGAAAUCACAGAACUCAUCCUGUGGAGGGCUUCGUAAACCCACCCCGAGAGCCCUCCCUACCUUGCCUUGCCCUGUCGUGGAGGACCUAUGACCUUCCAUCUCCUGCUCCGUCCCAGCCUGGCCAGCAUUUUGGCCACAGCCUGCCGGGAACAGUGCUUUGCAGUGGGGGCUGCCUGGCAAGUUCAGGCAGGCUGAACUCUUCAGAUAAUCAAUUCCUUUUUGACAAUGCAUACCUGUGGGUCCACUUGGUCACAGAAAUGCGAACACACAUUUGUUUUCCAGCAGCUGUAGAGAGGGGGUCCUUUUGUAGGGUGCGGGAUGGCCGGAAAGGGUACUUCUUGACCCAACUCAGGGAGAGGCAGGAAUACUUGUCUCCUGUGGGUUUAGCCCUGGUGAGGUCUUGGGUGGGCUCUGGGAUUAUUUGAUUAGAGACAGUAGGUUUGGGCAUGGGCCAUAUUGAGAGGCAUCUUCCUUCUGUUGAGGAGAGUAUAUCCCUUUCCUCCUUGGCAGUCAAGGCCACCUUUAUUGAGGACAUUGGUAAACCCCAUUGGAACAUAGGGCCCUUCCUGUCUGCACACUGAGGGGUGCUGAUUACUGUGCUGGGUGGCCGGGCCAGGCUGGCUGGAGAUGAAAUCGUGGGGACUGUGGUAGGGGUUGGCGGCCAUCCCUUAAGGACUUGCAGCCCUGAGUCCCUGUUCUGUGUAGUCUUUGCAUGAGAUGGUGAAGGUCGGGCUGCUUCUGUGUCUGGGGGUGAGGAAGGACACUGGAUGCGAUGAGGUAUCUUUUAAAAAAAAUGACAAAUACUUCCCUAGAUGGUACUCAACUUCAGGUUUCAACUCAAGUGUGGGAAGGGGAGCGACAUCCUUCUAAAAGUUCGUUCAAAGCCUGGUGGUUUAGUAUCUUUAGAGGUUACGGUGAACGCGGGAUUCUAUGUGCGGAUAAACAAGACCCUAGAGUCCCGUGUUUGCUUCAGAGUAGUUUGCUUGUUUGAGGCAGGCUUCAGUUCCCUCAUAGCAACAUGAGGAGAGGUGUCUAAGAGUCGCUCGAUACAGGAGGUCAUCUGUUAAUAGGGAGUUCAGUGCUUGGCACCUCCUACCCAUCCACCAGGUUUGGGUCUGAGAUUUUGGUGAGAAGCUGAGGUUUCUUGUCUACCCAUAGGAAAGCUGCCACGGGUAUGACCCAGCUCUGCCCCUGCAGGCUGCCCCAGACCCUGGCUAUGGGAAGACAUAGCUUGGGGGAGAUUCUAACCCAUCUACCUUGGCCUCUGGCCACAGAAGAGGGUCAUUCGUAGGGAUUCUAGACCCACAGGAAAAAUAAAAGGAGCUAUCUUGUGCAGUGUCACCAGAUUUGUUGGUCUAGCCUUUGCCAGGGGCAAGAGAGAUUUUGCCCUUUGCAUAGCAGAGAGUUAGCUGAUCUUAGGAAAAUGCUCCACUGAGAUGUGUUAGAACAUCUGGGUAGCUGAGAGGCCUCUGUCUGGAGCGGGGCUUCCUGCUGCUUGUGAGAGAGGAUUGAAGCCUGGCAGUGACAAGUCCCCCCCACACCCUUCUCCUCCCACCCUUCCCCUCCCCCCAGAUCCUUAGCUCCGUCAUCCCUGAAAUGGCUAUACUUCUUGUACUACCUCAAGGCUGCUUGGCUGAGAGGACGCUGAGCCCCUCCGUACCCACAGUGAGCACAUCGUGUAAUGUGAAUGUGCCUAUCAGCGCACCGAGACCUGCUGAGGAGCACUGCCAAGCAGAAGUGCCUAGAGGGCCAACCCAGUGGACUGCGCUGCCCUCCAGCACAGCCCAGAUGCCGUGAGGCACCAGGAGCCACUUGCCUGGUGGGUGCCUCAGUUUCUUGGCCACACUCUGCUUCUGUAACUGGGGAUUCUUCACCGUUUUGUCCCUCUGGUACGAUGGCUUCUAGUGUGUGCAGGAGGCGACUGACUCAUUCUUGUCUCCCAGUAGGUAGGGUAUUGGCAGGGGACCAUCUGGUCCCUAAAUAAAGCAAGCAAGCAAGCAAGCAAACCUGUAAUUCCCAGCACUCAGCAGAUUCAGAUAGGAAAAUUAGGAGUCCAAAGCUAGUAGUGAGUUUGAGGCCAUCCUGGGCUACAUGAUGAGAUCCAGUCUUGGGGGUAAAAAAAAAAAAAGAGAGAGAGAUAGCCGGGCGGUGGUGGCGCAUGCCAGUAAUCCCAGCACCCUGGGAGGCAGAGGCAGGCGGAUUUCUGAGUUCGAGGCCAGCCUGGUCUACAGAGUGAGUUCCAGGACAUCCAGGGCUACACAGAGAAACCCUGUCUCCAAAAAACGAAAUAAAUAAACAGCUUUGCCUUGGUGGUCUCCUUCCCCUCCCACCCCGGCAGGAUCUCGGUGCACUGGGAGAGAUUUUGUAAAGACCAUGAUCUGUUGUUGGGAUUCUAGGAGAGCCCACAACUCAGUACCGUGCUCCCCGGACCUCCUCUGGGCACGGCUCACACCUGCCACCCCUCCAGCCCCACCCUUUCCCCUGGUUCUCCAUUUGUGCUGAUUCAACCCUUUUGGGGUCACGGCUGCCCUUUCUGUUCUCCUCGGCUUUGGAAUUCACCAGACUGAACCUUCUCACUACAACCCUCUGCGGCUACUGGUAGGCUUUCGACUCCUGACGUUUCUGUGAUUUCUGGAUCUUUCUCUUCAGGGCAUUAGACCCAUCCUGGGCCUCAUUUUGAUACCUUCAUCUUGAGAUCUGUGUGCCCAUCACCCAUUCUGGCUUUUGUUGUUGUUUUUUUGUUUGGUUGUUUGGUUGUUUAUUUGGGGAGGGGUUGUUUUUGAGGUAGGGUUUUACUUCGUAUAACAGAUGGCCUUCAACUCACAAUUAUCCUCCUGCCUCUGUCUCCCAAAAGCUGGAUGCCAGCAUGUGUCACCAUGACACCUGGCACCUUCAUCUUCUCUGAACCCUCUGCUUUGCCAAAUGCUUUUCUUUUUAUGUUUCUUUUUUUAAUUGGAUGUUUUCUUUAUUUACAUUUCAAAUGUUAUCUCAUUCCCCGGAUUUCCCCCCUCUCCCAGAAACCCCCUGUCCCAUCCUCCCUCCCCCUGCUUCUAUGAGGCUGUUCCUCCACCCACCCCACUCCCACCUCCCUGCCCUCAAUUCCCCUACUCUGGGGCAGCUAUCAAGCCUUCAUAGGACCAGGGACCUCUCCUCCCAGAACGGUGUUAGGGCGAGAGAAAACUUGCCUUCCAAGUGCGAGGGUUCAAUAUCAGGGCAUCACAGAAAGGAGAAAUAGUGCGACAGUGAGGGGGCUCAGCAGGCUGCCUCACAAGCCCCGCUUCAGUUCCAUCUCUGGAACCCACGGUGGAAGGAGAGAACAGCUCCACAGAACUGCCCCCUGACCUCCCCCACAGAUGCGGAGCCGUGUGUGCCCAUUUACACACGGCGCACAUACGGUAAUAAAACAAUUCUGUUCUUCGGAAGGUCUUGUAAUAGAAGGGAAACGGUGAUGCCGUGUUCUCCUUGAUCUGUCUUAGGCUGCUUCUUCACCUUCUUCAAGCCUUCCGGGCUCUCCAGUGUGUGAGCAGGCAGUGUUCGCGACAUUUCCUUCUCCUUGGUCCCUCUGUCUGUCGCUCUUACGGUCUCAGUGCCCGCACCCUUGGGACCGCAGCUGUGUCCCACCAUGCCCCCUCCCCUUACAUCCACUUUUAUUUCUGUGGUUCCCUUCUGAGUUCUGUUGUUGGGGUGUAGCGAAAGGGUCCACAUUGUGUCGUUGCCCAGUGUUCGUUUUGCUUCCUCUGGCGUGCUGCUCUCUUCCGCUCCCCGCUCCAUUGGCCUCUGUUCUGUGUCGUUUGGAGACAGGGUCUCAGUAUGUAGCCCUGGCUAGCCUGAACUCACCACUUAGACCAGGCUGGCCUAAAAGUCCAGGAGAUCUGUCUGCCUCCCCAUGCCCUGUUCUUUCUCUAAUUUCUUUCCUUUUUGUAUUUAUUAAAGAUUUAUUUUAUGUAUAUACGAGUAUACCUUCACUGUCUUCAGACACCCCAGAAGAGGGCAUUAGAUCCCAUUACAGAUGGUUGUGAGCCACCCUCUGGUUGUUGGGAAUUGAACUCAGGACCUUCAGAAGAGCAGCGAGUGCUCUUAACCACAGUUUUAUCUUUGUUUUGAGUCAAAAUCUGAAAAAGUUUUGUAUACUGCACGGGCCACUUCUCUUUUAAGUCUGUAAUAUUCCUCUUACUCAUGCGUGUGUGCACGAACACAUACACACACACGCGCGCGUGUGCGUUAAAUAAAAAGAAUAGAGAAUAUCUUUAUUUAAUGUAUAUUUUAAAAGUGUGUGUGUGUGUGUUUAUUACUAAUAGGGAGUUCUUCUUCCUGUGGGUCUCUAGGACCGAGCUCAUAUUCUGCCAACCGCCUUUACUCAACUUUUAUUAUUGUUGUUGCUAUUAUUUUUAGUCAUGUGUUGGUCUGUGCCACGAGUGUCGGUGGCCAGGAGCCGCACUGUCAGGAGGUCAUGAGUGCCUGACGCUGAGCCUUCGCACUCGCUGUUCCGUCUCCUGCUUCCUAUUUUUAUUUUUAAAGCUAUACCCUCGUCUUUCCUCCCUGAGAUACAGGGACAGAAUUAAGCUGAGCACUGGCCAGGAGCGCAGGAGGAUUAGGCUCCAGACACGAGUGCCUGUCACUCUUAGUGUCCUCCAUUUUGCUGUCCCUACCUCCCUGAGGCAGUGACCUCUCUUUAGCCAGGCGUUUCAAAUGUGAGGGAAGAAAACGUUUUUGACACGAGAACACAUAAACCGGGCAGGAUGGAUGAGCAUAGGUGUGUGGUAGAGCGGGUCUCCACAGAUCUGCCCUGGGGACGUUGUCAUCGAGAACUUAAGUUGUCACCAAGAACUUCAGUUGUUUUGCUUCACCAGCCUGUUGGAAGUGAUGUCCUGGCCACAGCAGCCUCUGGACUUCCGGUCAUCUGGAAUCACUCUUGGCUUUCUCUUGAUGCAUGCAUGACCUUAAGGGACCAUGGGGCCUUAAGGUGCAGAGCCCUCCCUGCCCCUCCCCCUCUUUCCAUAGCCCUGGGCUGCUGGGCAAACAGCUGAGUUUUUCCACCUUGGAGCUGGGGGGCCCCUGGGGUGAGUUAGCAUUGUCAGGGCUCGUGGGGUGUGAGUAGAGAGAACUGUUGGGUUGGAACUUCCUUGCUUUCUCCCAGAAGACCUGGAGACCAAGGUCUUGCUGGACCAGUUAAUUCAUAAUGACCCUUGACCUGUGAUGUCACCAAGCUGCUUUUACUCAAGUCCAGGAAUGUGCACAGGGGAUGCAGAUUUAUUUAUUUACUUUUAGCACCGAGGACUAGAACUCUUGGGAGAAAUGUUCAGGUUACCCAGUGAUGCUUGUACUGUGUUAUGGUUAGUGCUUUAUUUUGUUUUUAAAGAUGCUUAUAACUGAAGAAAUCACACUGGUUGGUACUAGACUCCUGAUGAGUGAUUGGUCUAAGGGUGUUUUUUGUGUACUUCUUUUUUAUUUUAUUUUAUUUUUAAACCUCCAGAAUUAUAUGCAUUGUGUGUAAAGUGGGGGUGGAGACUCCAGGGGACCUGAACAUCCAUUAUGGCUGUGCUUGGGAUUAUGUUUUGUUUCGUGUUUCUGUGGGUGUGCACUUUGUAAAAACACUGGUGUUACUAUACCCUGCAAGUGUGAAAUAAAGAUUUCUCUCUA